AUGGAGGGAAGACUAGGCUUCAGGUCAUUACAUGAUGUCUCAAAAGCUUUUCUUGCAAAGCUUUGGUGGAACUUCAGAACUGCUACAUCAUCUUUAUGGGCAUUAUUCAUGUGGAACAAGUAUUGUAAGAAAAUGCAUCCUACAGUGGCUAGAGGGCAAGGGGUAAUAUGGUAUGUGGAGGAGAACAAUGUAGUGGAAGAGGAAAUAGAGAUCAAAUAUUUCACUCAUCAAGGGACUAGGGAUAGGGAGAAGCUUCUUAAUAAGAUAUCAGAAGAGAUGACUGAUUACAUAAUGGAGUCCAUUAAGCCUCUAUUGAAGGAAUAUAUCAAUGAUGUAGCAUGGUGGAUGGGGAGUACUCAAGGCAUUUUCAUAGUUAAAUCAGCUUGGGAACUAAUGAGACAUAAACAGGAAAGAAGGGCGGAUUAUCAACUGAUAUGGACUAAAAAGAUAGUGUCUAAAUGUUGGUGUUGUUAUGAAACAGAAGAGGAGACAAUGACACAUGUUUUUCUAACAGCCCCCAUAGCCAAUAGGCUAUGGAGGCAGUUUGCUAAUUUUGCAGGUAUACAAAUGGAGAGCAUGCAGUUACAACAACUCAUAAUAAAUUGGUGGAAGCAUAGUGAUAAUGCCAAACUCAAGGUGGUGAUGAGAGAAAUGCCAACAAUUAUAAUGUGGACACUAUGGAAAAGGAGGAAUAACUUGAAGCAUGAAGGAACCACCACAUACAAUGAAAUGGUGAUGGAAGUGCAAGAAGAGGUGAAAAAACUCAUAAAGUUGAAAUAUCCUUGGAUACAUAUCAGAAAGGAAACAUGGCCUCAAAUCAUCACAAAGUUGAAGGAGUAUAAACCUAAAAUACAUCACCAUUAUAUCCAAUGGAAGAAACCUGGAAGAAACAAAGUUAAAUGCAACACAGAUGGGGCAGCAAAAGGAAAUCUAGGUGCUAGUUCUAUAAGUUUUGUAGUGAGGGAUGAGGAAGGAGACCUUAUAUAUGCAAGGGUAAAAGGAAUAGGAAUAGCAACAAACAUGGAAGCAGAGGCGCUUGCUCUGCUAGAAGCAGUUUGGUACUGUCAACAGAAGGAUCUAAAAGAGCCUAUAAUCGAAACUGACUCUUUAGUUCUCAAAAGAAUGGUGGAUAAUCAGUGGAAGAUACCAUUGGAAUUGGUAGAAAGAAUAGAGGAGAUUAGAAGGAAUACUUCACACAGGUACAAAGUCAAAAUAGAAUUAGAUGCCAUAGCUAUGCUUGGGUCAUCGGAGAAGCUGGUCGAAGGUAAUACUGGAAAUAUCGUCAAGCAAGCGGCGUCAUAUCCGGACAGAAAAGAAGAACAUCUGCGGUCCCUUGGAUUUUCAACAGCCACCUGA